GCUCCUGGACACCAGCCUAGCUCAGGAAGUGUCCUGGGAUUGAGCCCCUGCACCAUGGCCCAGGAAGGCCUCCUGGAAGAGCUGAGGGCAGAGGUCAGCUGCCCCGUGUGCCUGGACUUGCUGACAGACCCGGUGACCCUGGACUGUGGGCACCACUGCUGUGCCUCCUGCCUCCAGCAACGCUGGCAGGACCUGCUGGACAUCUUCCCCUGUCCCGUCUGCCAGCACCACUGUGCCCACAGGGAGCUGCAGAAGAACAGCCAGCUGAGCACCCUGGCUGACAUGGUGAAGCAGCUGCCCAGCUCAGGGAGCAAGAGGAAGCAGCAGGAGCAGCCCCUGUGUGAGCAGCACCAGCAGGUGCUCAGCCUGUUCUGUGAGCAGGACCUGCAGCUGGUGUGUGUUCAGUGCAGGGUGUCCUGUGAGCAGCAGGGUCACCCUGUCACCCCCACUGAGGAGGCUGCUGCUCAGCACAGGAAGAAACUCAAAUCCCACCUGCAGACCCUGAGCAAGCAGUUGGAGGAUGCUCGCCAGAGGGUAGAAUUACAAAUAAAAGAAAACCAAGAGUUGAGAGAUAAGGUGGACAUUGAAAGAACUCUACUACACUGGGAAUUUCAAAAUUAUGAGUUAUUCUUGAAAAAGAGUCAGCGUAUCUAUGACCAUAGGCUACUAGAUGAAAUAUCAACUAUUAACCAAAUGAUCAUUGACAACAGAGACCAGGCAUCAGCCUUUGGCUCCUCAGUGAAGACUCUGCUGAGGGAUCUCACAGACAUGUCUGUGCAGACAGACCUGCAGCUCCUGCUGAGGGCCAGAAGACUCCAGCACCUGCUGAGCAGCUGUGAAGAGCUGGAGGUGCCAGAAAUCUUAGACUACACAUGCAAGGAGGAGAUGCCCAGGCUCCCCUCACAUUACAUCGGUCUCCUUGACGCCAGCAAGUUUCAGGUGGAUUUGACACUAGACCCUGAGACUGCUCAGCACAAUCUCAUCAUCAGUGAUGAUAGGAAGAAUGUUCUGUUUGGUGGUGAGCUAAUGGUCUCCACCCCUACUCCCAGCCCCAAGGCUUUUACUUCUCACAUAGCUGUCCUGAGCUCUGAGGGCUUUGAAGCCGGCAGGCAUUUUUGGGUGGUAGAAAUCACAGGCACAGGUGUGUGUUCCCUGGGUGUCUGCAAAGAGUCUUUCCCCAGGCAGGUGCUGAUGCCACAGGUCCCAAGUAAUGGAUGCUGGCAAAUCCAACAGUCCUUUAGGACCCAUUUCAACUCAGACACAACGAUAGUGACCAUUGGCAUUUUCCUUGACUAUGAACUAGGAGAAAUUUGUUUUUAUGAUAUCUCUAAGAUGUCUCCCAUCUGCAAACUGGUGGAUACAUUUACAGAGAAACUGAUUCCCUAUUUUGCUAUAGAACCUUCUUCCCGAUCGGUGAUGAUGACUAUGAGCUAA